UAAUUGACAAAAGUUCACAGCUGUAAGCAACUUUUUUUCAUAACCGAACCACUCAACCCCCCCAAGGUACAACCAAUCACCCCCGCUACCUAACUUCGGCGUCGUUCUUAAGUUGUCGCUUUGACUCUCACAUUCAAUAUGGCCAACCCCAGAGUCGAGGAACUCCCCGAUGAGGAGCCUAAGAAGGUCUCCGUCGAAGAGCACGACGACGAUGAUAGCUCCGAUUCCGAGAUUGAGGUCGGCGAGGGCGGUGCUUCAGGCUCUACCGCCGUCGUCCACUCCCGCAACGAGAAGAAGGCUCGCAAGGCCAUCGAGAAGCUUCACCUAACCCGUGUUACCGGCAUUACCCGAGUGACUCUCCGACGACCAAAGAACAUCCUGUUUGUUAUUAACAACCCGGAAGUCUACAAGUCACCCAACAGCAACACCUACAUCGUCUUCGGUGAGGCCAAGAUUGAGGACCUGAACUCGGCUGCCCAGCAAGCUGCGGCCCAGUCCCUUGCUGCUAGUGGUGGUGAGCACGACCAUUCUGGUCACGACCACAGCCACGGCGAGCCUAGCAAGGCUGUCGAGGACGCCGAGGAAAAGAAAGAUGAUGACGAUGACGACGAAGAAGUCGAUGCCGAAGGGCUCGAGGAUAAGGAUAUCGAGCUGGUUAUGACUCAAGCCAACGUCAAACGAAACAAGGCUAUCAAGGCCCUGAAAGAAAACGAUAACGACAUAGUCAAUUCGAUUAUGGCGCUGAGCGUUUAAUGGCGGAACUUGAUUAGGAAGGAUGAGUCUCACUGCGGGCGCGUUGGCUGGAUGUAUGCGACAACGGAAAAGUCUGCAAGGGGAAAAGACAAAACCAAAAGGAAAGUCGGUUGGCUGUGUAUUACAUGGUACGAUAUCUUACAAUGGAUUACUGAGCCGUUGUGAGCAAGUCACUUCGAGUUUAAUGACAAUUCGACUGUUAUGUUGGUGACUGCACCUUUAAUAUAAUUUUCUCCAAUGUGAGAUCUUGCUCGUGAUAUCCAAACAUCAAGCCACAGUAGAUCAGACCCAGCAGAUUUCCACUAGUAAAAAAGUAUGUAAUAGGAGAAU